UUACAUGCGGUGUCCCGCAGGCAGAUUCUUAAACCCAUAGCAGGAUCAUUAUAUCAUAUCAUAUCUUAUUGCGCUUUUGAAAUGAAAGUCAUACCAUAACUUUAGGUGAAACCUUGUGACUUUUAAAGCUGUAUCCCAAAGGCUGUAGGUGUAUUUGGGCAGUGAACGCAUCACAAGAGCAAAGAACACGUUUUUUGGCCGGUUCAGGCACUUCUUGGACGUGAUUGACCCCAGCACGCUCUUUGUGACAGAGAAACGGCUGCGGGAGUGCGUCGAGCUGCUUGACCAUUUCAAGCAAGGAACUCUGCCUCUGGGAGUGACGGAUGCUCAGCUUUGGCAAGCCCAGAAAAUAAAGCAGGAAUGAAACCAAAUCCGGCUCAAACUGGGCUCCAUGUGAACACUGAAGGCUGGCUUACGUCCAGGCCAUCAUCCACCCCGACACAGGGGAGAAGAUCCUCAUGCCUUUUCGGAUGUCAGGUUGUUGGCCUCCUCCUACCUAAUCAAACACUUGCAUCUACCGUCUUCUGGCAGUGGUUGAACCAAAGUCACAAUGCCUGUGUUAACUACAGCAACCGCAAUGCCUCCAAGCCAGCUCCAGCUUCCAAGUUCCUGCAGGGAUACCUUGGGGCUGUUACCAGUGCAGUGUCCAUUGCUGUUGGGUUAAACGUUUUAAUCCAGAGAGCGAGCCGCUUCAGCCCAACCACCAGGCUUUUGGUGCAGAGGUUCAUCCCCUUCCCAGCAGUGGCGAGUGCAAAUGUCUGCAACGUGGUGCUCAUGAGACACUCUGAGCUGUCAGAGGGCAUCAGCGUGCUCGACAACAAUGGCAACGUGGUGGGGACAUCAAAAGUAGCUGCCAGGCAUGCACUCUUGGAGACAGCCCUGACCAGAGUAGUCAUGCCCAUGCCAAUCCUGGUGCUUCCUCCCCUGAUCAUGUCUGCACUGGAAAAGCUCCCUCUCCUGCAGAGACAAAAGCGGCUCGUCCUGCCUGUCCACAGUCUCGUGUGUCUCGCUGCUUUCAGCCUGGCUCUGCCGCUUGCCAUCAGUUUGUUUCCACAGAUGUCGCAGAUCAGUGUAGAUCAGCUGGAGCCAGAGAUCACCAUGGCAACCGAUUGUAAGAUUGUGACAUACAAUAAAGGACUUUGAGUGAUCGCUACCAAAACUGAAAUGUGAAGAAAGGACGCGCAGCUCGUCGUGGCUCGAGCUGCCCCGACGCUGCCAGGGAAUUAAUUGUGUCAAAUUUGGCUGUUGCUGCAGUGGCUUUAGCACACGUUUGGACAACAACAGCUGAUACGAAGAAUCAGCAGCAACAGUGAUAAGAAAAUAUGUAUCACAACACGAGGAGACAAUGCCAAACAAGUGUAUUUUGAGGGUAACAGCCCCGUUAGGUUGAUUAAUUAGGUUAACAAAACCCAUAAGCUUGCUUGGUUCCUUGCAGCUUUUUCCACAAUGAACAGACCGCUAACCAUAGAUCAAUGUAAAGAUGGAUGGAUUGAUAAUAGGCAAAUUAAAAUGUCUGGACAAAUAAAUGUGUAAACACUGUGAAUGAAAUGAAGAUAAAAAUGCUUCUCGCCUUUUUUUUUGUUUUUGACUCUUCAAUAUGAAUCAAUACCUUCCUGUGACCCAAGCCGAUGUAUGUCUGUAAACUAGAAGUAUUUCAAUCAAAGUGGAAAUAAGAAGGCAGCCAAGAUCAAUCUUUUUGAAUCUGAAUGAUUAUUUUUGCUCUUUUGGGGUGCUGUGACUCACGUUCGCAACUACUGAUUUAUGUAUUUUUAAAGUAGCUCUGCUGUGAAUUGUGUUUCUCUGGUGUCUGCGCAACAAAUAUAUACACAGCCUGAUUGUGUUUGCUUAAGUUUGAGCCAAGUGUUCCCUGUGACCACAGCUUUAAAUUCCUCCAGUGAAAGAGUGACACAGUUUCUACCCACAGUGGCAGAUAAUGAAAAAGUUGCAGUUUUGGUUCAGAGUGAAAGCCAGAACAUUAUAAUUAAGCAAAUAUUGCAAAAGCAUAAAUAAAUACACAUUGUUAACAUGUAA